UGGACGGAAUCCAUUUUCCUUGGUGUUGUUGUGACAUUUUGCUCUGCUCUUGUCCUUAGAAAAAGGAAAUACUAGUGAAUAAAAUUGUAUUAAUCCUGAGAAAUUCAACGACAUAAAUGUGCUAUGCUUUAUCUUAAAACUACAAUUACAUCUUAGAAGAGAACUGUGUACAGUGGAAACGAAUGCACGAUGGGUUGAAAUUGUGACUGUUGUCGGCAUAAAUACAUUAUUUUAAUUUCAAGACUGCUCACGCUCUACCUUAGAUAUAAGAAUAUUAAACGCAUACUUCCACAAUGGAGCUUGAUGUAUCUCCUGCAAAUGUAGAGGAGAACGAUAUGGAAUUCUCCGACAAUUCGUCAGAGAGUAAAUACUUAUCCUGUAAUAUCAGUGAGCAGUAUUCCGUCGUACGCAUUCCAGAAGACGGUGAGGCACCUGAACCAAAAUCGAGCAAGCACUCAUCGCGGAAACAGUCAAAAAGAAGAAAAAAGAGUUCUAAUCAUUCAAGGCCUCUACCAAGGAUCAUAGUAAAGCCCUUACCACCUCCUCCACCACCAGAGGCAAGGGAAUGGACGGCAGCUACGACUUAUACGGAGACAAAUACUAGUUCUAAUAAACUGUCUACAAUGCGCGAGGUACUUGCCAGUAUACCAGGAUUCUGUCUCAAGCCUCGCAAACGAAGUGGGAAGAAGUUAUCCACCGCUGCACAAUUGCAGCAAACUAGAGAAGGCUGCAUAGAUUUAGAGACCCCUGAUUCAAUAUUAGUUAACACUAACAUUAGAGCACUACUAAACAAACAUACAUUCUCAUUACUUCCGCCUCUGUACCAGUACAAGCUCGGGCAGCUGCUUCCGAGUGUGGAUCGCCCCAGCCCUUCUGGUCGUCUAAGUUCUUCUAGUCUAAAUAAUGAAUUCUUUGCCCGAGCCUGUCUAGAGUGGCAGGAGAGUCUAUCGGGUGGUGAAUUUACGCCUGAAAAUCAGCAGAAAAUAAAGUCGGAAGUAGAGAAAGAAAAAAGCAAAAUUGACCCAUGGAAGUUAAAGCAUUUUGAACCCUUUUGGGGUGAUAAAUUUAGAAGAGAGAAAUCUUCCCUUAAUUUAAAUUCAGAAAGGCCUUCAUUAAAAACAACUAUUAAAUUGAGACCCACAGCAUCCAUUACAAGCACUAGUACUGUUCCAAAGAUUAAGAAAAGUAAAUCAUCCAGUAAUAGUAAAAGAUUAAGGAAUGUUGGGGCAGUAACCCGGUCAUCCGCCAAAGCAGAUGAUGUAGUAGAGGAACCUCCUAUCAAUGCAAAGUCAUCAGCACCAGUCCCGGAUUUACUCCCUCUCAAACAUGCCAAGUCUCAAAGGGGCUAUGUGGAAUGCCAAGUUGACUUUAAUUUUUCUGAUUCUCCAUCUGCACCUAGGUUGGAUGACUCUGUUCCUUCAAUACCUGUGGAUCCCCUGUUGCUACCAGAUGCAGAAGCAGAAAGAAGUGAAGGUAAACAAGAGUUAGACCUUAAUGUUGUAAAAAUCGAAGAGUCAAGUGCAUCUAAAGAAAAUGAAACAAAUAAAACUGACACAGAAGCUUUCUUUUCUGAAACUGCUAAGAGACUAAGUGAUGACAAUGACAAUGAAAAUUGUAGUAUAGCAAAGAGAAUCAGGUAUGAAGAUGAAGAAGUAUAUAAUUAUUUAGGUUUUUUAACACAGAAUGUAGAAGAGCCAGGAAGCAAUAACUGUUCCGAUGGUGAAACAAAUGAUCCCAAUGAUCAGAUUUGUCCAAGCGAUGAACACACAUACCCUGAACAAGACCAGGUGGAUACAAAUAGUGAAGACAGCAAGGCAACUGCUUCUGUGUAUGAAUAUGAUGAAAGAAGUGUGUCCUCACUAUCAAGUUUGAAAAUUGAUAACAAUGUCACUAACAUUCGAACAGGUGAUGAACCUAAUGUGAACAAUGAUAAUCUGCAAUGUGAGAAUUCAGUCACAGAAAUGGAGGAGAGCCCUUGCAAUAUUAAAGAAGAAACUAAACACUCUCCAGCUCCUGUUUCACCUCGAGCAUUUAUACCAGAACAGUUUCCUACAGAAGAUAAAAAUGUUUCUAAUUUUAACAUAGCUUCUCCACCAAACACUGCAACUGAAGAUGUUAAGAAAGAAUCAUAUCACAAUCAAGAAAUAAACAGUCAAAAUGUUCCAGUUCAUGAACAACCUAAUGAAAAAGAGAAUGAGGAUAGUUGUGAUAAAUUUGAAAAACUUAGAUCAACUGAAAAUAUUGUACAUAAUUACUAUGAUGAACACUUCAAGGAUGCAGAGUCCUUUAUUUUGGAGACUGGAGGACUGUCAAUACUGACUUCUCAAUGUGAAGAUGUAAAGUAUGCAUCACAUCCCAAUUUAAUGGAAUUAUCAUCAUACAUGAGCGAGACAAAUGUUACUGCUGUUGUGACCAUGCCUAUGCCUCAAAAUUCAUCAAUUCCUAUUAUGGAAGUAACUAACACAUCUAUGGUGUCAUAUCCUGAUGACAACAUGCAGGACCCAGCCAAACCGAAAACUUCAGCAGUAUCAUGGAAAACCGAGAACAAUUUGACAAACGAUGUCAUCACCUUACACAAUUUCUCAAAUGCAAGCAUAGAAAAUUCAAAAUAUCUCAGUGAAGAUUCAAAAACAAGCAUUGAGGACACAAACAUGAAUGAGGAUAAUUGUAUGUAUAAAGAAGAUAGAGAUGCAAAUUUUAAUAUGGAGUCAUCAAAUUCCUCAGAAAGUUGUCAGUCAAUGAAAGAUGCUUCUGUAAAGCUAGAGUGUGAACCGGCAACUAGUCUAGUUUCUAGUACUACGGCUACUAACCCACCUGUGAGUUCAACUACUAUGGCAAAUAUUGUGAGGCCAUCAGGGAAGAAGUCAAAAUCGGGAAAGGAAUCAAACAGAAGCCGCAGCUCGAACAAAGUCCCCCCCGGCGCCGUGAACCUCGAGCGCAGCUACCAGAUCUGCCAGGCAGUGAUCCAGAACAGCCCCAACCGCGACGCGCUGCGCGGCCAGCUGCGCCCGCCGCCCGCGCUGCUCACCCGCGCCCCGCGCGCGCCGCGCCCGCCCCCGCCGCCCGCGCCCGUCGCACCGCCCCCGCCGCCGCCGCCGCCGCCGCCGCCGCCGCCGCCCGUGCUGCUCAGACAGCUACCCGUCUCUGUCAUGCCGCACAAUGAGAUAAAUGAUAACAGAGCCAACAACAUGGGACAAUACAUUCUCGUUCAGCGGACUCCCAAUGUAGCACCAAGGGCAUCCAGCGCUCCGCCAGCCAAUCAAAACACCAAUGUUAGCGUGACGCGAUGCCGCAGCGUGGGCGCGGACGACGCGUGCGUGUGCAACCUGCGCGCCAUGAUCCUCUGCAAGAAGUGCGGCGCCUUCUGCCACGACGACUGCAUCGGCUCGGCCGAGCUCUGCCUCACCUGUCUCAUACGCUGACACGAACCGGCGCCUAACGCGCUCAGCCCCAAGUCUUUAAAAACUCUUGUGUGAAGUGUGUCCGCGGGGCCUUGUGUCACAUGACGCGGCUGUCACGCGCUUGACCCGGCGAGCGCUCAAGAAAGUGUACUGUGAAAGUAAAGUUCGGCUCAGAGAAGUGCCCUGUCUCACACGCGGACGUGACUCGCUACUCAGUGAAUUCUCUCGCAAACUCUCGUGAUUUGGCUUUGUAAAGUGUUUGGACAUGUGUGGAAUGUGGUUUUCAGAUGUGGUGCUAUCAUUUUGAAGAGAGAGUCGCACGUGUAGAGUAGAUGACGCUGGUAUGAACUAGCAUUGUAUUCACUAAAGUAGCUUAAUGGUUGUCCCAGAUAAUUCACGCUAAAAUAUAAUCGAAAUCUUCAGACGAGGGUGCAGCUUAACUAAACGUCAUAAAGUCAUAAUAUAGGGUCUUUUUCCAUUUAAGUAUUAAUUAUUUAUCGACAAUAGAAAUAUUUUUACACUGUUAAGCAAAACAAGAGAGAUGAUUAGUAAUUUCGUAAAUAGAUUUGCACAUCAGAUUAUUACAUUUCAAUGUUCAUUUUACACACCUAUGCCAUUUUUUAAGGCUCAUUAAUCUUAAUUAUUUAUUCGAUAGAACUGAUGUGAAAUUUUUCAUUUGAUUAUUUCCUCUACUUAGAAUUUUACUGCUGUAAUUUAAUCAUUUGUUAAUUUUUAUUGAAAAUAAGGAUCAUAGUGCUUGAUAAGAGUACAUACGAGGAAAAUUAGAAUUUAAGCUAGGUAUAAAUAUGAUUUUGCCAUUAUAUUUUUAAUAACUGAUUAUCAUCACAAGUAAGUAUUGUUUUUAGUUUGUAUAGUUUUUUAGCCGAGCGUGAGGCUCGCUCUGAGGGGCCGCGUCGGCAGAGAUGCGGAUCCUUCCUAGUUGUAUGUCUUAAUUAGGGACAUGUACAGAUAUUUAUUGACGAAAGAUAGCAUGGUCGCGUGUUACAGAAGACUUGUAACCUAUAGUCGCCGUUGCCUCUCUUUCUAACAAAUAUGGUUGUUAGAGAAGCAUAAGUACAUUGCAGGUUAUGAGCCUUAUAAAACGCGACCCAGGUGGUUAAAACAUCGGGUCGAAUUGUAAUAUUACAAUGGUGGGUUCUAUACAUUUGUAUAAGUAUUUACUAUAUUACUUGUUAUAUUUAAGUUUUUCAUUAUGGCGUGUACACUAAUACGACACUAAGUUAUGCAAUAUAUUUAUAUCUGUCUAUCAUAUUUUUGUAAGGACAUUUUACAAAUGAAUAUUGCUUUUGCCAAUUUAAGAUUUGGAUUGAAAUUAACAUGAUCCAUGUAAUCUCAGAACGAUCUCUUGAUUUUACAUGGCUUGUUGUACCACACGUAACAUUAGAAUGUAACGAACGUAACAUUUAGCGCGGUAACGAUAUUGUAACGAAAUAACUGAAAUAUGAAAAAGUAACUGAUUCAAUAUAAUUAUGUUAAUUAGAUAGCAACCAUAUAAUGGCUAUGCCUAGAUUGUUCACAUAGCAAUGCCUUAAGUGAUGAUUUCUAGACGCCCUAUCUCAUCAAAGGAUGUUACAAUUAUAAUAAUAAGCAAUCUUAACAUAUAUUAUAUAGGCAUUUAAUAUAACGUAUUGCUCACUCUGUUUCAAUCAGAAAAUAUAUAAUACAUAUAUCACACAUUAAUAACUGUUAACAUUGUUUUACAUGUAUACAUAGUGUCACAAAAUACUAUUAUUUAGAUGUUAACAAAUGCCUCCAACAUACAUAUUGAGAAUCAAGCAUGCUACUUUUUUUUUAUUAAAUAUGCCCUAGCAUAGUACGAUUUAUCGCCGAUUUAAACCAUUUAUUGUCUCUGUUUACCAAGACAAGUAUGUGAACUAACUACAAAUUGAAUGAAUGGUUUAAUUUAGUGAUAAACCAUACUACGGUAGGCGGACUGGUAGAGAUAUUUAGUGGUAUAAAUAAUUCAGCAAAAUUUGAGUUGUGAAACCAUAUAUAUCACAAAAAUUGUCUAAGAACUAGAAUAAAAUUGUAAUAAAAGUAACUGUUCAUUUGGAAUGGCUGAAACUUGUGAGCUUUGAGAUAUGUCAGAAAUAUGUCACCAUCCAUAUUCAAUGUAUGUUCAUAUUAUUCAUGCAUUACUUUUUACAAUGUACCUAUACUAAAGUAAGGACUCUAAGCAUGAAGAAUUUCGCACAUUAACCCGCCUGUUCCUAUCUCUAUCGCGCGCCUAUAAUUAUAUUGCUGUCUCGCUCGCCUAUGUGGCAUUGAUCCCCUGUGGCAGCAUAGGCGGGACAGCAAUAUACAGCUUGGCAAAAAAGAGUAGAAAUUAAAAAGUGGCAACACUGUAGUGUCGUCCCUUUCAAACCAAUUUGUAUAAGAAAACGGAACGACACUACAGUGUUGCCACUUUUUAAUUUUUACUCUUUUUUGUUUGCGAAGCUGUAAUUAUGCUCGUGCCAUAGAGAUAGGAAAUGGGGGGGUCAAUGUACGAUUUUCUUCGUCCUUAGCGUUCUUACUUUAACACUAAGCAUGUUACAGUGCUUUGUGUCAAUUAAGGUAUACAAAUGUAUGUAAUAUGUAUGUAUGGACUUGGAUAUACUGUAGCUCCAUGUGCGAACUUACACCAACAACUGAUUUUCAUAAAUAGUGACCAGAUACAAUAUUUUUUGCAACAAAGUCUAAGCAGCUAAUUAAUCAACCAUUUGUGUGUACCUUCAUAUAAAUAGCGUAUUCCAUGCUCAUUCUAUUAACCAAACUAUUUAGUGGAGUAUACACAACUGCGCUCUUUAGGUACAAAUGACCUGCAAAAGUACAUACACACUCAUGGCAUAAUAAUAUACUCCGCCUGGUACUCUCUUUCCGUCUUUUCUAGGUCACCCGACUGACACAAGCCUACGUCAUCAUGCGACAGCGCUAUAUGAUAAUAUGCGAUAGCGCUAUAUAUAGCGGCCAUGUUAUUGUGACGUAGGCUUGUGUCACUCUGGGAAGAGAAGACCAUGUUUUAUUAGACCAUGCACACUAUGAAUGGAAUGGAAGUGGGUAUACACUUUUGCGGCUGGAUGUAGUCAGAAAUGUUGUCUACUGUGCUGGUUCGAAUUAUUCAGUGUAUCACUAAACAAUAGCUUUUGAAGACCAACACAAAUAACCGUUUUUAGACCUUAACUCGUUGCAAUAAGAUUGAAUAUAGUCAUUUAACUGUAUUGACGAUGGUACUGUAUUGUUUUUGUUUUUUGUUUGUAUGAUUACAGUAGUGCAUAAUCCUUUACCAUCGUAUUUUCACGGAAACGCACGAACGUGUUAUGCUAUUUCAGUCAGUCUGAGUACAAAAAGUACUGAGGUUGACUGAAGUCGUUACUGAACCCAAUAAAUUAUGACUAACCAAAAUGCGGGCAAACAAACUUUUUGGGAAACAAGAGGGACCCGGUUAGACUACAUAACUUUAUCACACUGGUGAGGUCUCUGCAGUGCGAACGGGACAUCGUUAUGCGCAUGCAUAACGCUUUCCCGCUCCCACACCAGUGAGCCGUGUGAUUGCAGUUUGGUCAUAUGCUGUGUAGUUAUGAAAAUCAGUUGCAACUAAAUCAUAAGAGUUACUGGAACAGCAUGCCUUAGCCACCAUCAGCAUUGAUUAGUAUUGGACUUAAUGAUAUUAACGUAAUUAAAUUAGAUACCUUUUAUUUUUCAUUUGGCUCCCUACUUUAUAGACACUGAACUUUACUUUGUUAUAUUGAUAGUAAUAUAGGUACUAUUACAAUUUGUGUACCUACUUCAUAAUGUUUUUAAUAGUGAUGAAACAUUCGCAUUGUUUUUUAUUGGUAAAUACAUGAUUAUUUUAGACAUGAACGUUCUUCUCGAAUAAAUUUAUGUUCUAAAUCUA